AUGGGCUCCAGACUAACGGACGACAAAUCCUUUGAAGACUUUCAAUCUCUUCCGCCGGCGGGCGUUGAAAACUACAAUUCCCUGGCCGCCAGUUUGAAAGAAGAAAACCUACUGUUUCAAGACUUAGACUUUCCAGCAAACGACAAAUCCAUUGGAAUUCCGGAAUUUAGAGGACGAGUCAAAUGGAAGCGUCCCAAGGAGUUAAACCCAGAUGCUGAAUUCUUCGUGAAGGGUCCGUGUCAGUUUGACAUCAAGCAAGGGGAACUUGGGGAAAGCUGGAUCCUAGCGGUCACGUCAACGAUUGCAACCUAUCCCAGUCUGUUCUAUCGUGUGGUGCCCCAAGACCAGAGCAUGUUGGCGGACAGUUACGUGGGAAUGUGUCACUUCUACUUGUGGCAGUUUGGCGAAUGGAGGCACGUGACUGUGGAUGACCGACUGCCCGUCCGCAAAAGUAACGAUCACCUGCUCUUCGUACAAUCUGCGGACAAGAAGCAAUAUUGGCCCUCAUUGUUGGAAAAGGCUUUUGCUAAAAUACACGGUUGUUACAACAAUCUCCGCAGUAGCCUGCAAAGUGAGAUUAUGGAAGCUUUUACUGGCGGUGUCUGCUUAGAUAUUCCCUUAAGUGUGCACAGCCCACCAAAGAAUCUUCUCGAGAGAUUGCGACAAUAUGCUGGCAUGGUCUGCCUGAUAGGAUGCAACUUAUACGUGAGUUUAGACAAUGCGCUCCUCACAAUACACGGUUGUUACAACAAUCUCCGCAGUAGCCUGCAAAGUGAGAUUAUGGAAGCUUUUACUGGCGGUGUCUGCUUAGAUAUUCCCUUAAGUGUGCACAGCCCACCAAAGAAUCUUCUCGAGAGAUUGCGACAAUAUGCUGGCAUGGUCUGCCUGAUAGGAUGCAACUUAUACGUGAGUUUAGACAAUGCGCUCCUCACGUUUACUUUAGCAAAUGGCACGGCAUGCGCUCCCACGGCAUUUUUGGACGAAGGAUUGAGUGGAGGUCAAACGUACAGCCUGACGGCUGUGGAAACAGUGGUGAUAAGAGUGCAAGGAGUAGAAGGUGCGAAGAGUCUAAACGUGGACCAAUCGCUUGUUCGACUCAGAACCCCAUGGGGCACAAGUUCGAAAUGGAAAGGACCCUGGUCUGAAAACUCGCGGGAAUGGGAACUGGUGUCACGGGAGAGAAAAGAAGAAUUAAAAUCACGAUUUCCAAACAAUUGCGAGUUUUGGAUGUCCUUUGAAGAUUUUUCCAGUUCCUUCUCCUUGAUCGAAGUUUGCUUUCUGUCUCUGGAAGACGUUGCGGACGAAAAACAGUUCCGGUGUAGGCGGCCAGUGAACAUUGUAACCGUGCAAGGAAAAUGGGUACCAAGUGUAAACGCUGGUGGAUUCUGGGAAACUACGGGUGAGACUGAGUUGCAUUCAGUGGUCAAUGCACUAAUGAUGAUAACUAGGCCUUUAAUAUCCGUACUCUAUGUCAAUUUGGGAAACAGGAACCUCUUGCUGAAUCCUUGCUCGUCCUAUCUGUCGAUGUAUGCUGCGUCUACGAAACACACAUGGAAGAUCCCACUUCGGUCGUGUACCUCAAGCCAAUUAAGACGAACUCAGAUGACCCACAUUUCGCUCUUUGUGUGA